CCCAGCCCCGCGCCGCAGCGCCUCGGCAUCCGCACCGCCCGCAAACCGGGCUCAGUGAGUCUGACAAAAGGUGCAGCCUCCCUCCCGGCGGGCCGCACGCCAGGCCUCCCCGCUCGGCCCGCCUCCCCGCGCGGAGGUUCCAGCCAGCCGCAGGUACCCGCGGCCCGCGCCGAGGAAAAUGCACGCGGCCUUCGGCCCGGAGACCUCCGCACACCUGCCCGCAGCUCGAAACCUUGACCUUGAAGAUGGUGAGUAGCCAGCCAAAGUACGAUCUAAUACGGGAGGUAGGUCGAGGUAGUUACGGUGUUGUGUAUGAAGCAGUAAUCAGAAAGACUUCUGCAAGGGUGGCUGUGAAGAAAAUUCGAUGCCAUGCGCCUGAAAAUGUUGAACUAGCCCUGCGUGAGUUCUGGGCGCUAAGCAGUAUCAAGAGCCAACAUCCUAAUGUGAUUCACUUGGAAGAAUGCAUCCUGCAAAAAGAUGGGAUGGUGCAGAAGAUGUCUCAUGGCUCUAAUUCUUCCCUUUACUUACAGCUUGUAGAGACUUCAUUAAAAGGAGAAAUUGCCUUUGAUCCCAGAAGCGCCUAUUACUUGUGGUUUGUGAUGGAUUUUUGUGAUGGAGGAGAUAUGAAUGAGUAUCUGUUGUCCAGAAAACCCAAUCGUAAAACUAAUACCAGCUUUAUGCUUCAGCUAAGCAGUGCCCUGGCUUUCUUACAUAAAAACCAGAUCAUCCAUCGAGAUCUAAAACCUGAUAACAUCCUGAUUUCUCAAAGUCGGUUGGAUACCAGUGACUUGGAACCCACACUAAAAGUGGCUGAUUUUGGUCUAAGUAAAGUUUGUUCAGCCUCUGGGCAGAACCCAGAAGAACCUGUCAGUGUAAACAAAUGUUUCCUUUCCACUGCAUGUGGCACAGAUUUCUAUAUGGCUCCCGAAGUGUGGGAGGGACAUUACACAGCAAAGGCUGAUAUCUUUGCACUGGGAAUUAUCAUCUGGGCAAUGCUGGAAAGAAUCACAUUCAUAGACACAGAGACAAAGAAAGAACUCUUGGGGAGUUAUGUAAAACAAGGAACUGAGAUUGUACCUGUUGGGGAGGCACUUCUGGAAAAUCCCAAAAUGGAACUUCUCAUUCCUGUGAAGAAAAAGUCUAUGAAUGGGCGAAUGAAACAGCUGAUUAAGGAAAUGCUGGCUGCAAACCCUCAGGAUCGUCCAGAUGCUUUUGAACUAGAACUCAGAUUAGUACAAAUUGCAUUUAAAGAUAGUAGCUGGGAAACGUGACACCUAGGUUAUUUGCAAAUAUCUUGGAUGAUAAUGCUGCUUCUGUUUAAACAGUGAUGCAACAAAAUGUGGCUGAGAAGGAAUAUCAAAAGCUAAGUUCCACAUUCAAAGAGUUUAGAUUUUAUUGUGGGGUGUUCUCCUCCUCGUUUUUUCUUAAGUCCAAGAUGGCCAUUUUGUUAGUAUGUUUUAAAUGUGUAUUACCAAUGUGGUUGUAAAUUUUUUUUUAAAUGAUCAUUGGUAGAAGUUUGGCAGGAAAAUUCUCUUAAGAGCCAAGAAGAGAAGAGAGUACAGUUUUCUGGAAAUAUGUCUCUAAGUAUUUUAGACAUUCCUUGUCAGUAUUAGGAAUUUCCAUGGAAGAAGAGGUUUGCAUGCUGGUAAUGCAACCAUUAAAGCUUUGUAAAGGAAACAUAUAUGUAUAUAUUUAUGUAUAUGUAUGUGAAUGUGUGCGUUUUUGCAUUCCACAUAAAAAUGCCACUUCUGUUUAUAUUAUUUGAUGUAGGUUUGGCUUUUGAAAUUUGCUGGUGAAAUCAGUGAUGAGAAAUAAAAGGACUUUUCCUAGUCUUCCUACCCAGUUCCUCCCUUUGAUAAAAUUAUACUUUUUUUUAAAAUUUUAUAAUAUACAGCUCUUUUUAAGGCAUCAAUUUGGAGGGGCUAAAACUAUCUGAUUAAACAAAUGAAAUUGAAUAAUUCAAAGCUGCUGAAGUAUGUUUGCACUCUCCGUUGCCCUGUAGCUACAGGAGUUGAAUUAGUCAUGCAAUUGUGUGGUAGCAGGUUGGCAAGGAUAUUGAUGAUUCAGCCGUACCUUCUUUAGGUAAGUAGCCAAAUGUUCAGGUAACCAAUUAACCAAUGCUUUAGUACAUGUCUACACUUGAGCAUCUACAAUCUGAUAUAAAUCUGAACAAGUCUUAGGUUUCCGAAAACUUUUCUAUAUUUAGUACUUGAUAAUCAAUUUUUUAUUUUAAGACCUUCAGCAUCAGCAUAAAGUUGAAGAAACUAAAUGAACUCCACAUUUCCUCCCUUGAAAUGAUCUCUUUUUUUUUUUUUAAUGAUCUCUUGUUUAUUCACUGGAAUUUCUUUCGUUUUGACACUAAUGUUUUGUCUAUGUUGACACAGUAACAGUAGUGAUAUGGUUAUAUUUAAAUGCUCAUCCCCUUGUUCUAAAGUAGGAGAUGAUACUCUACAGUUUAGCAAGUGGGUAAAAUAUAUCAGCUAUAUUCUUUAAAGGAAAAAGUUGACCAUUUUAUACAAUUCCUCAGUGUGGGUAUUUAAAAACAAACCGUUCUUGAAGUCAAUUUGACUUUAAUGCUACUUAGUUUUCUCCAGUAUGUUUUCCUGAAAUUGCAGAUUGUUUAACAUCUAAGGAAGGUUUUCCUAAAACAGAACAUUAGCCUUUAAGGUUAGAUAGACUUUAAGACCAUUGUAUCUGGGUUAAUCUUUAUAAAACACUAGACUCUUUGGUCAAAAAAUAAGGGGUGGGAAAGGAUUAGUAUAUUGAAGUUGUUGAUAAUUUGCAGUCUCCCCAGCUAUUUUGAACUUCCACAACUCUUGGAAUAUUGCAGUCACAUUUUUUCCUUGUUUGAUACGUGUUC